UGCUGCUGCGUUCUUCAUUUUCAUUCUUCUUCUUCUUUCUUUUCUAAGCUCCGGCCUCUGAUGGACGAAGUGAUCGUAGCAGCCGACGCCUCGUACAAGCCUUCACUUCUCCCCUCAAAUCUCCCUCUCCUCUCUGCCUUCCUUUCCUUCGCGCUCGCUCAGUUUCUCAAGCUCUUCACUACCUGGUUCAAAGAGAAGAGAUGGGACUCCAAAAGGAUGCUGGGGUCUGGUGGAAUGCCUUCAUCACAUUCGGCCACUGUAACGUCUCUAGCUGUAGCUAUUGGCUUGCAAGAAGGAACUGGGGGACCAGCUUUUGCACUUGCUUUGGUUUUGGCAUGCAUUGUAAUGUAUGAUGCUACUGGUGUUAGACUCCAUGCCGGUCGCCAAGCUGAACUAUUAAAUCAGAUUGUCUGUGAACUUCCUCCCGAGCAUCCUGUCUCGAGCGUUAGACCUCUACGGGAUUCGCUUGGCCAUACCCCGCUCCAGGUGCUUGCUGGGGCAGUGUUGGGAUGUUUAGUUGCGUACCUGAUGAGGGUUUCAGAUUAGGCGUACAGUUCAGAGACAUGUCCUUAAAUUUGUGCUUGCUUGUCUUAUCCAGUUGAAGGAAUGUAGAUGUACUUAGCUUCCCACUUAGUACGUAGUAUUCUUAUUGUUUGUCGAAUAAUAUACACAUAUAUAUAGAAAUUUUGAAUGGGUGUCUAUUCGUAUUGCAUCAA